AUAAAGACCGCGCUCGGCGACCGCGGGCCCCGCACUGCUGAGGAGCGGAGCCUCCGCCUGGGGGGCCCCCCAUCCCUGGCUGUCCCCCAACUGCGCGUCCCCGCCCCACCCCCGCGGCUGAGCCACCACUGGUGCAGUGGUCUCCGCUUGGCGGAGGGAGCCUUCAGCUUCGUUCCACAGCUUCUUUGCAUCUUGGAUUUCGGGGCGGCCGCCUCCCCCACCUUUCUCUGCCUUUUUGUACCCCGCUUUUUUCCUGCGUUCUGCUCGGUUUUUGUAGCCGUCUGUUUUUGCACCCCUUUUCGUUUUGUUUCUAGACGAUUUGGGGGGGAGUGAAGCUGCAUUCAUACCCCUUCCUCUUGUUAUUCUCCCCUGCUCUGACAGCACCCCUUUUCAUCGCAGUUGGGGGCCUAAGAUCGGUGCAUCUUCCGCCACGCUGCCUGCACCCCGCAGCGCGUGGCCGUGCACCCCGGAAUCUCCAGCAGCUGCAUAUCUGAGGGGGGUCUCCUUUGCCCCCGCCGCCUUCGCUCCCCGCGCUUUUGGGUGUGUAGAGGGCUUCAGCGCGCGGCGCCCCCGCUUCUCCGCAACCCCCCGCCCGGCGCCCGGACUCGCCCCGCGCCGCCAAGAUGGUCAUCCAGAAAGAGAAGAAGAGCUGCGGGCAGGUGGUUGAGGAGUGGAAGGAGUUCGUGUGGAACCCGAGGACGCAUCAGUUUAUGGGCCGCACCGGGACCAGCUGGGCCUUUAUCCUCCUCUUCUACCUCGUUUUUUAUGGGUUCCUCACCGCCAUGUUCACCCUCACCAUGUGGGUGAUGCUGCAGACUGUCUCCGACCACACCCCCAAGUACCAGGACCGACUGGCCACACCGGGCUUGAUGAUUCGCCCCAAGACUGAGAACCUUGAUGUCAUUGUCAAUGUCAGUGACACUGAAAGCUGGGACCAGCAUGUUCAGAAGCUCAACAAGUUCUUGGAGCCUUACAAUGACUCUAUCCAAGCCCAAAAGAAUGAUGUCUGCCGCCCUGGGCGCUAUUACGAACAGCCAGAUAAUGGAGUCCUCAACUACCCCAAACGUGCCUGCCAAUUCAACCGGACCCAGCUAGGCAACUGCUCCGGCAUCGGGGACCCCACCCACUAUGGUUACAGCACUGGGCAGCCUUGUGUCUUCAUCAAGAUGAACCGGGUCAUCAACUUCUAUGCAGGAGCAAACCAGAGCAUGAAUGUUACCUGUGCUGGGAAGCGAGAUGAAGAUGCUGAGAAUCUUGGCAACUUCGUCAUGUUCCCUGCCAACGGCAACAUCGACCUCAUGUACUUCCCCUACUAUGGCAAAAAGUUCCACGUGAACUACACACAGCCCCUGGUGGCCGUGAAGUUCCUGAAUGUGACCCCCAAUGUGGAGGUGAAUGUAGAAUGUCGCAUCAACGCCGCCAACAUCGCCACAGACGAUGAGCGAGACAAGUUCGCUGGCCGCGUGGCCUUCAAACUCCGCAUCAACAAAACCUGAGGCCCCUUCCUCCCACCCCAUCUCUCUCCUGUGGAUGCUCCUGGAAUGUCCCUGACCCUGCCUGAUCCCUCCCUCACCCACCCCAAAGGUAUUUUUGAUAACAGAGCUAUGACUUGUCUGAGCCUCACACCGUUUUCCUUGACUUCUCAACCCAGCCUGAAGUCCAUUGCGGUUCCCUGUUACUCACCUUUCCCACCAACUUCUCCCAACCUCAGAUCAGUCAGAGAGGGAGCUGGGCUAAGAUGGCCACAGAGGAGUUAGGAGCCUUUCUAGUUCUGGUUUAGCUGUGAGAGCUAUCCACUCUCCUGCCUGCAUAUCCCCUGAGAGUUAUAGGAAGUGCCCACUGACCCACCCACCCACCUACACCCCCCCACACACACAAACGUGCACAUGCAUCUCAUUUCACCCCUUUGCUUCCAGAGAUGAAUGUGGCACUCCCUCCUUGCAUUCCUAAGCUCUAGCCACUGUCCCUUGAUCUCUCACACUUUCUCCCUGUCUACACAAUCGCCAUUUUGGUGACUUUGAACUUAUCUGGCUCCUGGGCAGGUCUUCUCCUCCUCUCCAUCCCUAUUCCCUCCUCUGAAAUGCACCCCUUUGUAAUUGAGGACAAGGUGGUUCUGUGGCCUUUUCCCUCUUUGCUGGCACAUUCUGCUUCUCACCCUCUGGUGACUCUGUGAGCUGGGAAAUGAGGGACUGGAAGCGAGGCCUGUGUUGACCCUUCCUGAAAAUCGUCUAGCAGCCCCCGACUUCAGCAGUUUUUCUUUCUUUCUUUCUUUUUUUUUUUUUUUUGAGAUGGAGUUUCACUCUUGUUGCCCAGGCUGGAGUGCAAUGGCGCAAUUUCAGCUCACCGCAACCUCCGCAUCCCAGGUUCAAGCGAUUCUCCCGCCUCAGGCUCCCGAGUAGCUGGGAUUACAGGCAUGCGCCACCACGCCCGGCUAAUUUCCUUUUUUCUUUUCUUUUUUUUUUUUUUUGCAUUUUUUUAGUAGAGAUGGGGGUUUCUCCUUGUUGGUCAUGCUGGUCUCGAACUCCCGACCUCAGGUGAUCCACCUGCCUCAGUCUCCCAAAGUGUUGGGAUUACAGGCGUGAGCCACUGCGCCUGGCCUUCAGUUUCCUCCUAGGCCCUUCUAUCACCCAAAUAGCUGCUACCCAGAGGGGCGGGGUUGACCUAGGCUGAAUAUCCACUUUGUUUUUACGGAUGGCUCCCUUCCCCCAUUCGCCUUCCCAGAAUAUCCUUCAAGUUCCACUUCCCAGGGAGCUCUGGGGGAGGGGUGGCCAUUCUGGCUCCGUCCCCAGUGGCCACCUUGGAAACAUCGGCUGGCUUUGGGACUAUUCCAUCUCCUUACCCUGAGCCCAGAUCUGCCCCCACCAUCCUCUCUCUGGCUUCUCUUAGCAAGUUAUCAACUAAUCACUAACUCCUUCCCUUUCCUCCGCAUGCCGGCCUGAAAAUUCCAAAUCUAGCCUCUGAAUGUCUUGGCUCCAUCUCUUCAGACCCCUUUGCCUUUAAAAAAAAACAAAAUCAAAAACAAAAAAACCCAUAAUGCCCAUAGAAUGUCAAAUGAGGGGCCUCCUGCCUCCUGCUCUGAAUAUUCUGUAGCUGUAGAGGCAUUUUAACCCUUUGUCCUCCAGCAUCCCUUCACUUCCUCAUCCUCUCUAACCUCCUUUUUCUUUUUUUACUGCUGCAGCCUCCACACUCCACCCACAGGUGGACCCUUCCCUUUUUCUCUAGCUGGAUCUGUGUUUCUUCCCUUCGGGCCCCCAUGUUUUCCUGCACCCGCCCUACCAUGGUCUCUCUCUGCAGUUAUUUAAUGCCUGUGUCAGAUCUACUGUAAAAAGAAGAUUAAGUAAAAUAAAAUGAGAGCAAUUAUAUAUAUAAAUAUAUAUCAUACACAGA